CUCUCAUCAGAGGUCAGAAAAGUAUCUGCUGCUCAACUUGUAUCGUAUCCACUUCCACAGCAUGACAACCAUCCUCAAGAAGCCAAACAAAGGCGUGAAGCAUACUGAAAACUAGAGGUGUCCUGUGAGCCAAAGGUCACCAUGGAAACAGACGACGCACCUGUGCAGACCAGUGACGACUGGGCAGAGACCUGUACUGUAUCCGUCAAAGGUCUGACAGAGAACUGGCAGAAAUGGUCCAACGACCACUGCGAGUAUCAGAAACACAAUCCUUUCAGCAACGGCAAGGUGAUUCCCCCACAGGUCCAACGAGGACAGGAGGGCUACGGCAGGCCUUUAGAGGGGUCCAGAACAGAGCAGAGAGGAAAAGACGCCCACUCUCACAUCAGCAGAGAGGUCACAGAGCUCUGCCGGGUCAUUAUGGAGAGCGGAGAGAGCGGAGACGAUGGCAGGCCGGCUGUGCGGUUCGGGACGCUGUUUGAAAGAUAUGUCACCAUCUCUAAUAAACUAGUGGGAGUUCUGCUGCGAGCACGCAAGCAAGGGCUGGUGCACUUUGAAGGAGAGAUGCUGUGGCAGGGGAGAGAUGAUGGAGUGCUCAUCACCUUGUUAGAGUGAUUUACAGCAGUGAUGGACACCUUGUGCCUGCCUGUCCAACAUUGCUUUAAAGACAUCCAUUUUACUUGCACAUGGGUUAGAAGUCAGUUUCUCGGCCAAAUAAACUAUUUCUAUUGAGAUUUAAACUAAGUGUAAUGUAAUUUAAAUGUAGCAAACUGGUAUAUUCUGUUACUUUAUUAAGGUGAAGAGAGUCAUUUCUGCUCCACCAAACAGAAUUGGAAAAAUAAUGAGUUUUAAACAGGAUUUCAAAACGAUUUUGCCUGUCGUACGUCAAACAAAUAACUAGCCCCGCCCCUCUCAUACCAUUGCUGUUAGAGGCUGCUAAAAACCAGAGCAACAAAGCCUAUUUUUCACAAGAUUCUGCUGGAAAAAAAGCCUGAAAAUGUCUCCCAGCAUGGUUAGACUGGUCUGUUUACUGGUUUUAUUGGUGUUUUGUGCAUUCUUCAGCUGGUCAAGUUGAGAGACCAGCUAAGAUUGUUUUAAAGAAAUAGUUCACCUUUAAAAAUGAAAAUUUGCUGAAAAUGUACUCACCCCUAGGCCAUCCAAGAUGAAGAGGAG